AUGAUCCAACCCGGAAAUUUUACCUUAGGCAUUGAUCCUAAAGUGCCUGGCCAGACUUUUUUCUGGAAGGAAAAUGCUCCAUAUUGGAGAAGUGAUCUGUACAUUGGCAAACAGACAAACACAGCCUUUGAUGUUGAUGGUGAAAAUGCUCCAUCUUCAAAUGGAACCACUUAUUUCCUUCCUUACAACUUUGAGGCUGAUGGGGUUUAUCUAACUUAUGGUGUCUCAGAUAGUUCAACCAAACUGAGGGUCAUAUUGAAUCCAACUGGGCAGAUUAAGCUGCUUCUGUGGCUGGAACACAGUGAAACAUGGUUUGUAUGGUGGAGGAAGCCUUUUGAUCAAUGUGAUUUUUAUGCUCAUUGCGGUCCAUAUGGUGCCUGCAGUGGUAAAAAUGAAACCCUCUCAUCACCAUGCAAGUGUUUGACAGCUUAUGCUUAUGCAAAUGUGUCACAAGGAAACAAUAUAAGAUGUCUGACAUGGUUUGGUGACUUGACGGAUCUUGUAGAGAAUCAAACUUUUGGGCAAGAUGUUUGUAUUCAUGUUCAUGGCUCCCAACUAGCCUCAGCAACAGCGGGAUUGAUUACAAUUGUUUUUGGCUAUUUCUUGUGGAAGAAGUACUUGGGAAUGAAAGAGAGCGCGGAAGGCAGUCUGAGUGCUGAAGCUGCAAAGAAUGAUACAGAGCUACCACUCUUCACUUUAAGGAGAAUUUUAGCUGUAACAAACAACUUCACUGAAGCUAAUAAACUGGGAGAGGGAGGAUUUGGCCCUGUUUAUAAAGGGAUUUUUUCAGAAAAUCAAGAAGUAGCCAUAAAAAGGCUGUCCAAGAAGUGAGGACAAGGACAUGAAGAGUUCAUGAAUGAGUUGAAGCUUAUAGCCAAGCUCCAACACACCAAUCUUGUUAGGCUCCUAGGUUGCUGCGUUGAAGAGAAGGAAAUGAUAUUGAUCUAUGGGUACAUACCCAAUCGAAGUUUGGACAAACUUUUGGUUGAUGCAUCUGCUAAGGCAAAACUAGAUUGGGGUAAACGCUUUCAAAUUAUAGAAGGUACUGCUCAAGGAGUACUUUAUAUCCACAAAUUUUAUGGACUCAAAAUCAUUCACAGGGACCUAAAAGCAAGUAAUAUACUGUUGGAUGGAGCAAUGAAGCCCAAAAUUUCAUACUUCGGAAUGGCAAGGAUUUUUGGGAUGAAUCAAACUGAAGCACAUACCAAGAGGGUUGCUGGGACAUACCGCUACAUGUCACCUGAAUAUGCACUCUAUGGCCAUUUUUAUGAGAAAUUGGAUACAUUUAGCUUUGGUGUGUUGUUGUUGGAGAUUGCAUGGGAACUAUGGAAAGAAGGUAGAGGGAUGGAGGUGCUUGAUGCAUCAGUGAGGGAAACAUGCUGCCCUCAUGAAGCUUUGAGGUGUAUCCAUGUGGGGCUUUUGUGUGCACAAGAAGAUCCAGAUGAUCGACCAGCAAUGCCUUCAGUCAUUCUAAUGCUGCAGGGCAUUGAAGCCACCCAAAUGGAUACCAAAACCAAGCCAAGGCUGGUGCUUUCAGUUGUUUUGUCAUGCCUGUAUCUCAAAGUCCAUAUUUCCCUUGCAGCUUACACCAUCAGCGGAAACCAAUCUCUCUCUGGUGAUCAAACCAUUGUCUCUGCAGGUGGGGUUUUUGAGCUGGGUUUUUUCAAACCAGGUAAGUUUUCAAACUACUACAUAGGCAUGUGGUACUCCAAACAAGUAGUAUCUGAUGAGCAGACCAUAGUGUGGGUAGCAAAUAGGGAACAACCAGUCUCUGAUAGUUUUUCUUCGGUCUUGAGAAUCUCAGAUGGUAAUUUGGUUCUCUUCAACGAGUCGAAAAGUCCAGUUUGGUCAACAAAUUUGACCACCACCACCACCACAGGUUGUAUAGAAGCAGUUCUUUUGGAUACUGGAAACCUUGUCUUAUUAAGAGCUGGUGGUGGGUGUAGUACUAGUACUACAUCAGAGCCUUUAUGGCAAAGCCUUGAUCAUCCAACCCAUACAUGGCUACCAGGAGGUAGAAUUGGGUUCAACAAAAUUACCAAACAAAGCCAAAUUCUCACUUCAUGGAAGAAUUCAGAGGAUCCCGCACCAGGUCUUUUCUCUCUUGAGCUAGACCCAAAUGGAAGCAACUCAUAUAUCAUACUGUGGAAUAGUUCUAGACGGUAUUGGACCAGCGGAUCAUGGAAUGAAAGUUCACAUAUGUUCAGCUUGGUUCCUGAGAUGAGGGUUAAUUACACCUACAAUUACAGCUAUAUUACAAACGAAAACGAGAGUUAUUUCACCUACUCUCUUUAUGAUCCUAAGAGAAUGUCUAGAUUCGUGAUGCAUACCUCGGGGAAGAUUCAGAAACUAACAUGGUUGGAGACUUCCAGGCAAUGGAAUUUGUUUUGGUCUCAACCAAGAAAACAAUGUGCAGUUCAUGCAUUUUGCGGGGCAUUUGGGAGUUGCAAUGAUAAAUCCGGGCUCUUCUGUAAUUGUUUGAUGGGUUUUGAGCCAACUUCGCCGACGGAUUGGGUUUUGCAGGAUUACUCUGAUGGGUGUUCAAGAAAAACCAGUUUGCAGUGUGGGAAUUCUAUGAGUGUUAAUGGAACUGAAGACUGGUUUCUAGGAGUGCAAACCAUGUCAAUGCCUGAAAAUAACCAGUCUGUGGAGGUUGGGAGUAUUGAGAAAUGUGGAUCAAUCUGCUUAAGUAACUGCUCUUGCACUGCUUAUGCUUAUGACAGCAAUACCGGAUGUUCAAUUUGGACUGGAGAUCUCUUGGGUGUGCAAGAACAUGCAGCAGAUGGUGGUGAUGGAAGAACUUUAUACAUUAGACUUGCAGCUUCUGAGUUUAUGUAUCUUAAAAGUGUUAAUGGUCAUACCGAUAAACGCUCCCUUAUAAUUGCAAUUGUCUCAGCAACGGCAGGAUUGCUUAUAAUGAAUUUUGGCAAUUUCGUAUGGAAGAAAACAUUGGGAAAGGGAAGGGAGCAUUGGUGGAAGAAUGGUGAUACUAAAGUAAAUUAUGGUGCUGGAGGUGGAAAGGAUGAUACAGAAGUACCACUAUUCAGUUUAAGGAGUAUAUUAGCUGCAACAAACAACUUCUCCGAAGCUAAUAAACUGGGAGAGGGAGGAUUUGGCCCUGUUUAUAAGGGCAUUUUACCUGAGAAUCAAGAAGUAGCCAUAAAAAGGCUGUCAAAGAAGUCAGGGCAAGGACAUCAGGAGUUCAUGAAUGAGUUAAAGCUUAUAGCCAAGCUCCAACAUACCAAUCUGGUUAGACUCUUGGGUUGCUGUAUUGAAGAAGAGGAAAUGAUAUUGAUCUAUGAGUUCAUGCCCAAUCGAAGUUUAGACAAGUUUUUGUUUGAUCCAUCUGAAAAGAAAAAAUUGGAUUGGGGUAGACGCUUUAAAAUUAUAGAAGGUAUUGCUCAAGGAGUACUUUAUAUCCACAAGUACUCUAGAUUGAAAAUCAUUCACAGGGACCUAAAAGCAAGUAAUGUUCUGUUGGAUGGAUCAAUGAGCCCAAAAAUUGCAGACUUUGGAAUGGCAAGGAUUUUCGGGACAAAUCAAACUGAAGCAGAUACUAAGAGGGUUGUUGGGACAUACGGCUACAUGUCACCGGAGUAUGCACUCUAUGGCCAUUUCUCAGAGAAAUUGGAUGUAUUCAGCUUUGGAGUGUUGUUGUUGGAGAUUGUAAGUGGAAAGAAGAAUGCUUCUUUUCGUCAUUUUGAACACUCAGUAACAAUUUCUGGUUGGGCAUGGGAAUUGUGGAAAGACAGUAGAGGAAUGGAGGUGAUUGAUGAAGCGGUAAGGGAAACAUGUCCUCCCCAUGAAGCUUUAAGGUGUAUCCAUGUAGGUCUUUUGUGUGUACAAGAAGCUCCGGCUGAUCGACCAACAAUGUCUUCAGUAAUUCUUAUGCUGGCGAGUGAAGCUACAUCUCUUCCACCCACCAAAGAACCUGCUUUUUCAACACAUAGGAACUCCAGUGCUGCUGGUUCUUCUUCUCAAACAUCUAAUUACUCCAACAAUUCUGUGACCAUUACUAUUCCAGAAGCACGAUAGAGGUUAUUAAAAACAAAAAAAAUUGGCAAGUCCAAAUUAAAAAAGAAAAGAAUAACAAUGUAACAGUACUGUAACAAGUACUGACAAUCAGCAGUGCAAGAAUUUAACAAUGUCUAGAAGUCCCAAUACCGCAUGUUUGAUGCCUUUUCUUUUGGGCCAUAAGAGACAUCAGUAGGUAUAGAUGUUAAUACCAGAAGGUCGAUAGCGGCUCAAUAUUGGGAGAGGUCCAAGUUCGAAUCUCCCUUUCCGUUGCUAAUACAAACAAUUCUGCUGUUAUAAAUUUUUGAGAAAGUCACACGUGAUUUAGUUUAUUUACUCUAGCAACAUUAUCUAGAGCCCCAUUUU